UCGUGGAGAUAUCAAAGAUGCUAAUACUUUAAUGCGAAAAUGUUUCAAUAUAGAGUAUCUUGACUUUAGUGGGGCUAUGGCUUUACAGAAUGAUGUAUUGAUUAUAGCUAUCAUCAAAGGAUCUCCAAAUUUAAGACAUUUAGAGAUCAAUCAUAAUGAUAUUGGUGAUGAGGUUACUGAAGCGCUGACCCAUACAUGUCAUAAAUUAGAACAUCUCGAUCUGGAUGGCUGUGAUUUUGUUAGUGAACCAUCAAUUUGUAAUGUUAUACGUUCCUGUCCAAAGCUCCAACAUCUCAAUCUUAGUUGCUGUAAUACUACCAGUACGACUAUCAAAGAAAUUGCUCGUUCAUGUCUCAAUUUAAAAUUUCUAGGUUUGGAUGGAU